AAGAACGUAUUGAUCAUAUUGCACAACAAGAUCUACGACUACGCGGUCAUGUAGAUCAGAUGAUUAAGAAAUUUGGUGGUCGUGGUGGAGGUCCUCGUGGUGGCUCUUCUUCAUCUUCCAGUGGUACUACAACAACUGCUGGCGCUGCAGAGAUGAAGAUGAAAAGCGAUUAUGUUCGUUUACAAGAGGACCGCUUGUGGGCUUUAUUGCGUCAAACCAGAGCACACUCAAAAGUUGAGCGACGCGCUUUUUCGAUGCGCCGCGGAGAAGAGACUCUUGACUUAUGCAUUGAAUCCUCACUACUUCUUCUAAGAAAGCAUAAGGUAUAGCCAUGAGUCGUGCAUCAACAGUCAUCCGGACGUAACCUAUUAUACCCACUUUCUUGAAACUUGUUGCAUACUAGAAGCGAGCCUAGCGACCCUGGUCAUCUAAAGCUAGCAACGCAUCAGCAACUCCUUUUUCACCACCUCUAACGCCCCAUAUCGGAGAGAAAGAAGCUCAGCAAACGUACCAGUGGAAUCUUACCACUGCAGACGCCAUUUUCC